CAGACACACGGCAGCACGGAGGAACAACUACUACUGUGACUACUACUACUGCGAGUACUACUACUGCUACUGCGACUACUUUGUGUACUUGUGGCUGCGCUGUGGGGGAGCACAGAGGAGCACAGAGGAGCACAGAGGAGCACAGAGGAGCACAGAGGAGCACAGAGGAGCACAGAGGAGCAGAGACUUUAGAGGAAUGGCAGAGUGCGGCGCGUCCCAGGACCUGUCCCGAUAGUGACCAUGGCCGAGGCGAUCUGCUGUACUCUGGUGAACUGUAACUGUGACAGCUUCAAACCGGGGAAGCUGAAGCGGAGGCAGUGCGACAGCUGCAAACAUGGCUGGGUGGCUCACGCCCUGAGCAAACUAAAGGUGCACCACAUGUACCAGAGCAGCCAAGUGGAGAUCGUUCACUCCAACGUGGUGUUUGAUAUCUGCAGCCUGAUGCUGUACGGGACGCAGGCCGUCCCCAUACGCCUCAAAAUCCUCCUGGACCGUCUGUUCUCUGUGCUCAAACAGGAAGAGGUCAUCCAGAUCCUCAACGCUCUGGACUGGACUCUGCAGGACUACAUCCGCGGAUACGUGCUCCAGGAUGUCGCUGGUAAAGUUCUGGACCGUUGGGCCAUCAUGACGUUCGAGGAGGAGAUCGCGACGCUGCAGCAGUUCCUUCGCUUUGGAGAAACCAAAUCCAUCGUUGAACUGAUGGCGCUGCAGGACAAGGAGGGCCAGGCCGUGCUGGUCCCGAGCACGCGCACGAACUCCGACAUCCGCACUUUCAUCGAACGCAACACGCCGAGGACCACCGCCAACCUCACCGCCGCCAACGUGGAGAAGCUGAGCGGGAACAGCAUGCACCAUUUUGAGAACUUCAUCAACAGCAUGGCGUUUAUGCUUCCGUUCCAGCUCCUCGGAUCCGUCCCCGCCCCGUUUUUAGGCUCGCAGAACAGCGUGCUCCAACAACACCAGCAGCGCGGGUCCAUGGACAACCAAAGGCGAGAUGAAGCAAGUCGGGACAGUCUCGCCAACAACUCACUGACUCUUUCGCACACGAACGACGGCGGGCUCCUGGGGUCGGGCAUGGCUCCGUUCGGUUCCGAUUUGGAUUCUGACAAGCAGUUGGACGGUCUCCAAGGAAACGCAACCACGAAAAUCGAACCGGAGGAUUUUUCCACGAGCGAUAACUACUCAGAUGGACCCUCGACUCCCUGCACGCCUUCGCUGAGCUCAGAGGUAGCGCAGCUGUCGCCUGAGGGAAAGAUGCGCUCCCUAGAUAGAAACGGGCCAAGCGGCGGAGGUGCUGUUUUGACAAGCAACGGCGGGAUAGGAGCAGGGGGGGUUAGCUCGAUGAAGAAAGGCCGUGUGUUUUGCAACGCUUGCGAGAAAACCUUUUACGAUAAGGGCACUUUGAAAAUCCACUAUAACGCCGUUCAUCUCAAAAUCAAACACAAGUGCACCAUCGAGGGCUGUAACAUGGUUUUUAGCUCGCUACGUAGCCGCAACCGUCACAGCGCUAACCCCAACCCCCGCUUGCACAUGCCGAUGAACAGGAAUAACAGAGAUAAGGAUUUGCGCGGGAGCUUAUCCGCCGACGAGAACUCGCAAGAGAAACGGAACGAUUACGGAAGUCCGAUGUCAGACAAUCACAAGUCCAUGCCGAGUUAUAUGGUUAGCCAAGUCGACAGCGGAUCGAAGCUAAACUCGUCGUUUUCGAGUAUCGGACAAAGCGGGAUACUGUUUCCGAAUCUGAAAACGGUGCAGCCAGUGUUGCCGUUUUAUCGAAGUUUGGUGACGCCAGCCGAACUCGCGAAUACGCCGGGGACUUUGCCGUCUCUGCCGCUUUUGUCGUCGUCGGUUCCCGUAAAACCGACGCCGAUGCAAGAGCCGUGCGUGUUGGACCCGAUACCAAAGAAAAAGUCGCGCAAAUCGAGUAUGCCAAUCAAAAUUGAGAAAGAGACGAUGGAACUAAACAGUGAACUCAUGGAUAAAGGCGCCAGCUCCGAAGACGAGACGCUGCACGGGAAGGAGGAGUUUGACAAUCAUUUACUCGCCAGAAAAAGUGAAUAUGAAACUAUGGACAAGCAGAAUUUAGGCGACCAUUUUGACAAACAAGAUGGCCGACACAUUGAAACCGGAGUGAUCACUUGUGCGACGUCGCCGUUUGAAAAAUCAGAAAAAAUCUUAGCAAAUGACGAUGACGAAAAAGACGAAAUUAGUACGCACAAGAUUUCAGAGCACAGGUGGAACAACGGCGAACUGACCAACGGGAACUCGCCGCAGAACGUAGACCCGGAGAAAGACGAGCUCGACGAGUUUGGAGAUUCGAACGUGGACGAGGAGUCGGAGACGCCGCAUCACUGUGAGAUCUGCAACAAGACGUUCAAAAACACGUACAGCGCCAAAAUGCAUCAUCAGAGCGUCCACCUGAAGGACACGCACCUCUGCACCGUGGACGGGUGCAACGCCGCCUUCCCCUCGCGACGAAGCAGAGACAGACACAGCUCCAACCUGAACCUCCAUCACAAGCUCCUGACCAAAGACCCCUACAGCCCCCCGAGCGGCCGCUUCUCCCCGCUGUCCCUGUGCCGAGACCGCGACGCCGCCGACCGGGACUUCCCCCCCGACCCCCUGGAGCCGAGGGACCCGCUGACCCGCGACCCCGCCACCCAAACCUCCGUCAUCUUCACCCGACACAACCGGAUGGGCCUGGUCUACCCCAUGAGCAAGAUCUCCAGCAUCUCCAACCACAACUCCCCCGCACGAGACCCUUUGGACGAGGAGACAGGAGGCGGCGGGGAAGACGGCGCCGCUUUAGAUUUGAGCACUUCCUCUUACGGCGUCGUUCGGGGCGGCGGCGGCGGCAGCGCGAGGUCGUCUUGGGAUUCGGACGGAGCCGGGAGCGAGGAAGGGAUGGAGGAUUUAGACAUGCCGAUGGAGGACAGCGACGAAAGCUGCGACGGAAACGCGGGGAAGAACCAGGAGAUAUCGACCGACGGGACGAUGAACUGCGGCGGACACGUGGGAGGAGCCGCGCAGGCGAACGGGGCGGGGUCUCCCAUCACGUGCCACGUUUGUCAGAAAGUCUAUAGUAACAAGGGCACGUUCAGAGCACAUUACAAAACUGUUCAUCUGAGGCUGCUCCACAAAUGCAAAGUCCCCGGCUGUAACACGUCGUUCUCGUCCGUCAGGAGUCGAAACCGCCACAGCCAGAACCCAAAUCUACACAGGAACCUCCCGGUGAACUCAGGGCCCAACACGGACCAGGAGUAGAGCCUGAACACGCCACUGAACAUCUGGGUUAAUGUGUUUUGUGUUGAUGUUUGUAUGUUUUUGUAUUGUAAAGGCUCACCCGUCUGCACUUUCAUAUCCUUCGCCAAAAGACACAAACGAACCACCGCAUCUGAUCUUUUUAUACAGAUUUUUAAACGCAAUUCUCAAAUUUUUCAAGGCAAAGUAUUAUUAUUCAAAGAUCGGUACAACGCGGCACGAGAUGUUUACUCUAGACGUAGGAUUUUUAGAAUUUUAAGGAAUUUGCGGGAGACUUUUGUACGUUUCACGGUCCUGACAAUCACAGUUAUCUCUCAGAGUCUCACGGCGCGUUUUGGUGUUAACGCGUCGCAAUCGAAGUCGUUUUAAAGACGCCGAGUGACCCGAUGAUACUAUUACGACCAAAACGCUUUCUCAGUAGCAGCGACAGUGGCACAGAUGUUGAGCGUUUGCCGUUAUUCCAGAAGGCGGUCGGAUCAGAUCAUUCUAGAGGUUCAUGGUGUUGCGUUUACGUUUCAUUUUUGGUAAACGGUCACAUUUUUACGCGGCGUUUUUCACGUUUCAGAUGUUGGCGCGAGAUGGGUUAAGUGUCUUGCCCGACGACGCGAUGGCAUUCGUCCGUGGCAGCUCGAACGGUGACGCUUGUCGAGAUUCGGAGCGUUCGCCGACCUUCAGCGGAUCUGUGGACAAACGCUCUACCGCCUGAGCCACUGUCGUGCGUCGUCGUCUUCGCUUUGCCUGUUCAAUCACAGCGAUGUAAUGGACAGGAAGGGCAUCUAGCUUAAAAUCCUGCCAAAUCACUAUAACGUAUUUAUACUUGAGAUUUUAAAAUGCUGUUCAGGGCUGAAAAGAUGCAGACACGAGUUCUCCGGUGCAUCGUUUGGACGUUUGAGCUUCUCGUCGGUUCAAACUGGACAAUCCUUCACGUUACAGAGUUGUUUUUUUUCUUCUUCUUCACGUCUUUUAAAAACGAUAAAAGUCUCAGCGUCGGUUUGCCUUCCCGCCCCGCGCCCGUCCGUCGUGGUCCAGACGUUUCCGUUGUGAGUCCUCUGUGGUCGCUCGUGUUGUGUGUAAAGUGUUUUGGACUUUUUGAAGUAACUUUUUACACAUCGACGUUUCUUUUGGACGAAGAUUCUUUGGCUGAACAUCUUCCGUGUCGUGAUAACUUAUUGUACGGUGCUCGUCUUGUUUUGGUUGUUGCCGAUGUUGACCAAAGAUUUUGCCAUUCCACAGGUUUGUACAGAAAAUUCCCCUUUUUUGAGAGUACGGGGUCUGCAGUAUUAAAUAAAACAGCCCAGGUUUAUGCUAAAGCUGCACUGUGGAACUUUUCUGGUGGUGCGGGUGUGGCUUUUGUCUCCAUGGAGAUGACUUCGAGUAUCAUAGCAACCAAAGAGCCAAUCAGGAGCGAGGCUGUUGAAGGUAACGCCCUUAGCAACGCUGUCAAAUCAAACCUGUUGCUAUGACGCUAGGAAAGGAAGUGGAGCAGGAAGUGCGCCCACGAUCACUUCCUGUUUGUUACGCGGCGGCUAGCAGGUUAGCGACGUCCAUUUAUGUAAAGAGUCUACGGUUGUUUCUCUUUUAACGGCUCGAUCUUGCGUUAAAAAAAACUCUUUAGCUGCGUUCUUACUGUGAGAGCGCGCGCCUCUCCACAGAUCUGACUGACAGCCUCCCUGAGUAAAGUUCCACAGUGCAGCUUUAGGUGAGCACAGUGUUGAUGCGUUGGGCGUUUUGUAAAUAAAGUUGUGUUUGAGGAGCCGCUCGUGUUCACAUGUUCUUGUUCUUCUGUGGUACUUCCUGACUGACUGGACACGUCCCAAACUCUGACGCUUCUGCACAUUUCACAUCACAUUUCCACACGUUU